UGAUCAGGUGACUCUCAAAAUGGUCGUGUCUAUUGACACAAUUAAUUUUGAAAAUUAAUUCAAAUUUUUAAUUGGUUAUUUGAUUUACUUAAACCGAGAUUUUUGAUGGUCGUGUCUCAUUUACCAAAACUUAUAGACUAUUCCAACAAACCUUUUGGUAGAAAAAACUUGAAGAGUUUGAUAUUUAAUAACAAUUGACUCCAAGUUUGAUCAUAUUCUAUACAUACAAUCAUUCAAUUACAGGUAUAAUAUCAUGUCAUCUGUUGCCAAGACUGUAUCCACCAAGUUAGAUUGGACCAAAGUCAUUUCGUCUUUAGGAUUGACUGGAUCAACUGCUGCUUCAUUAACUGCAUUCAAGAAAAGAAAUGAUGAAGCUAAAAAGGAAUAUCUUACUUUAACUUCUCAAUCAACUGAAGUUAAUUUCAAUCAUUAUAAAUCUAUUUUAAAGAAUAGUAAAGUUGUGGAAGAAAUUGAAAAAUCCGUCACUUCAUUCAGACCAGUUGUUUAUGAUGUUUCCAAGAACUUAAAGAAUAUUGAAAUUUUUGAAGAAAAAGCCAUUGAAAAUGCUAAAUUAACUGAAAAAUCAGUAUUAGAAGAAAUCAAACAAUUACAAUUAACCUUAAAGGAUAUUGAAGGUGCUAGACCAUUUGAUCAAUUAACUGUUGAUGAUGUUGCUAAAGCCAGACCAGAUUUAGAUGAAAAGGUUACUUAUAUGGUUAAGAACGGUAAAUGGGAAGUUCCAACUUAUAAAGAAAAAUUCGGUGAUUUAACUGUUAUGUAAGAGUUAUCAUUUUGAAUUCAUCCUACAUUUAAUCAUUUAUUACAUUUAAAAUUAUUUUCUUUCUUCGUCAUGAUCUCAUUAA